GCAGAAUGUGAUUGACAGCUGUCCCUGGAGCAGCUCAUUGAGAUUUUUACAUUUAAAAAGUGGUUCUGAACAAAAUCCUUCUGAUUUGUUGAUGGGGGAAAUCUUUGAUGGCAAUCCUUGGCUGAAUGAAGUAAGGGAGGAGACAACGGCAUCUCUUUUAUAUGACGGUAAAAGUGAGGAACAGCUACAGCAGAGUACAAAUGAACAACAACAGGGAUUUCAAGAUCAAGUGGAAAUACCAUUAGGAAUGGAAACAAAGAACGACUCUCCUGUAAACCCUGAGCAAGUGACUUCAACUCAGACAGAAGGGAGUCCUGCAGAUGUGGCCAGAUCUGGAGAUCUCAACAAUUCAAACUCAGCCAAGGCUAACAAGGAUAAAAAAGCAGGAUCAUCUGCUAAAAGAGGACAAACUGGAACAUCUUCAGCUGAAGGUAAGACAUCAUAUCCAAUUAAAAUGGCUCCUGCAACCGACUUGUGGACCACAGUGAAGGAUGGUGCAGUUGGGCUCCGAAUUGAGGAAUCCGGUUAUGGUGGGGUAUCACCCCUAACAGUUGCCCAAAUGUUCCAGAUGACAUUGGAACAUUAUGGUAACAAUGUUGCUUUAGGUUUCAAGCUGAAAUCUCAGUGGGAAACACUAACCUAUACACAAUAUUACAACGAAUGCAGAAGAGCAGCAAAAAGCUUUCUUAAGCUCGGUCUCCAACGUUUCCAUGGAGUUGGCAUUCUGGGAUUCAACUCUCCAGAGUGGUCAAUAGCAAAUGUAGGAGCGAUUUUGGCAGGUGGCUUGGCUGUUGGGAUUUAUACAACAAAUUCUCCUGAAGCAUGCAAGUAUGUGGCACAACACUGUCAGGCUAAUAUUCUGGUAGUGGAGAACAAGAACCAACUACUGAAAAUUCUGGAGAUUCAAAGUCAGUUGCCUCAGCUCAAAGCAAUUGUUCAGUACAAGUUUGAAUUGGAAGUACUUCAACCAGAACUUUAUACUUGGAAGAAAUUUAUAGAACUUGGGAAAGAUAUCCCGGACGCAGAGCUGGAUGAAAUCAUGGACUCUCAGAUGGCCAAUCAAUGUUGUACACUAAUCUACACAUCUGGAACAACAGGGGCUCCUAAAGGAGCCAUGCUUAGCCAUGAUAAUCUGACAUGGACUGCGAAUAUAGCAGGGCAGAUGGUGGAUAUUAAUCCUGCUGUAAAGGAAAAAGUUAUAAGUUUUCUCCCAUUGAGUCAUAUUGCGGCACAGAUGAUGGAUAUCUGGAUUCCAAUGAAGUUUGGAGCUGCAACUUACUUUGCAAGCCCAGAUGCACUCAAGGGUACCUUACUGGACACUAUGAGAGAAAUACACCCCACUGCAUUUUUAGGAGUACCUCGUGUUUGGGAGAAAAUAGAAGAAAAAAUGAAAGAAGCUGCUGCUGAAUCAUCUACUUUUAAAAGAAAGAUAGUUGCCUGGGCAAAGGGUAUUGGCCUGCAGGCAGGUUAUAAUAUGAUGAAGGGAAACACAUCUGUGCCCUUCGGAUUCGCUUUGGCAAAUUGGCUGGUAUUUAAGAAAGCUCGUGUUUUACUGGGCCUGGACCGAUGUACAAAGUGUUUUACAGGAGCAGCACCCAUUACCAAAGAAACAUUGGAGUUCUUCCUAGGCUUUCGUAUCCCAAUUUUUGAAAUUUAUGGAAUGAGUGAGAGUACUGGUCCACACGCACUCUCUCAUAAAAACUUCUAUCAAAUUGCAAGCUGUGGAAAGGAGAUGGCCGGAUGCCAAACUAUGAUUGACAAACCAGAUGACCAAGGGAAUGGAGAAAUAUGUUUCUGGGGCAGACAUGUCUUCAUGGGAUACCUGAAUAUGGUUGAGCAGACUAAAGAAGCUAUAGAUACAAAUGGCUGGCUGCACUCUGGAGACUUGGGAAAAUAUGAUAAAGAUGGAUUUCUGUUUAUUACAGGCAGGAUAAAAGAGUUGAUAAUAACAGCUGGUGCAGAGAAUGUAGCCCCAAUCCCCAUUGAAGAUGCUGUUAAGGCAAAACUAUCAAUCAUUAGCAAUGCCAUGCUUAUUGGUGACAAGAAGAAAUUCCUUUCCGUGCUUCUCACUCUGAAGUGUUACAAGGACAAUGAAACAGGAGCCCCACUAGAUGAGUUGGCUCCAGCAGUUAUUGCAUUUUGUCAUAAACACGAAUGCCCUGCCACCACUGUGUCGCAGGUUCUAAUCAUGCAAGAUCCUACAUUUUACAAAGCCAUCCAGACUGGAAUUGAUGCGGUUAAUAAAGACGCCGUAUCAAAUGCUCAGAAAAUUAAAAAGUGGGUCAUUUUGGAAAAGGACUUCUCAAUUGUUGGAGGAGAAUUGGGUCCAACGAUGAAACUGAAAAGGGGCGAAGUGUUGAAAAAGUACAAAGAUAUAAUUGAAGCUCUUUAUUCGGAAUGAAGCCUUUCCAUGGAUGGUUAGAGAGUAUAAAAUCAUCCCAAUGUUGUUUUAAAGUAUUAAAGAUUGGCAGAUUCUGUGUAAUUGUCCAAUGUUCAAUAAGUACAAAGCUUUGUAUUUUAAAAUGAAUUUUGAUUA